UUUCCCGGCUAGGACCCAGUGGUUACGUCCCAUCAGCCCUUGCGCGCCACCGUCCCCUCUCCUCUUCGGCGCUGCCUACCGAGGUGGCAGCCAUCUCCUACCCGGCAUCAUGGCUGCCCUCAGACCCCUGGUGAAGCCCAAGAUCGUCAAAAAGAGGACCAAGAAGUUCAUCCGGCACCAGUCAGACCGAUAUGUCAAGAUUAAGCGUAACUGGCGGAAGCCCAGAGGUAUCGACAACAGGGUGCGUAGAAGAUUCAAGGGCCAGAUCUUGAUGCCCAACAUUGGUUACGGAAGCAACAAGAAAACAAAGCACAUGCUGCCUAGUGGCUUCCGGAAGUUCCUGGUCCACAAUGUCAAGGAGCUGGAAGUGCUGCUGAUGUGCAACAAAUCUUACUGUGCUGAGAUUGCUCACAAUGUUUCCUCCAAGAACCGCAAAGCCAUUGUAGAAAGAGCAGCCCAGCUGGCCAUCAGAGUCACCAAUCCUAAUGCCAGGCUGCGCAGUGAAGAAAAUGAAUAGCCAGCUUGUGCACAUUUUGUGUUUAAAUAAAACCAUAAAAACUGCC